CAUCUGACAAACUUUGCCAAGAUGAAGAUGCUUCUGUUUUUGGGUGUCUGCCUUCUGGCAGCCCUGGCUGUGCCUAGUGCAGAAGGCAAGAAAAUGAAACGAUGUGAUGUGGCUCGGUACCUGAAGAAGCAUGUGAAGGAUAAGGUGGCUGAUUGGGUCUGUCUGGUAGAACAUGAGAGUUCUUACAACACCAAGGCGAUCAAUAAUAAUGGCAAUAGCCGUGACUAUGGGCUCUUCCAGAUCAACAGCAAAUAUUGGUGUGACGAUGGAAAGACCGCGGGUGCCAAGAAUGCCUGCCAUAUUAAAUGCAACAAAUUCCUGGAUGAUAACCUUGACGAUGACAUGACAUGUGCCUUGAAGAUAGCACAUGAGGCCAAAGGAUUGACUCCCUGGGUUGGCUGGAAGAAACACUGCAAAGGGAAAAAUGUUUCUAAAUAUAUCAAGGGCUGCUUCUAGUCCAGAAACUCAGGACGCAACAGGCUCUGAAGAUGAGAUUGCUGUGGGAAGAGUUGGCAGCUGAAUUUUCGAGGUGGUGGCAGCAACUGGGGAUCAGUAGUAGAUUGUGGGGGGGGGGGGGGGGUCUGAAAUAGCACCAUGUGUCCAAGCAGCCAUCUUGUGAUUGUGAACUACCAACCAGGCAAGAUGAUCUGAUCCAAUCUAUGACUCUCUCCAAAGCCUUCAUAUGUACUACUGUGGAUGCUAAAUAAAAAGGAUGCAUAGAA